UUUGUUCUUGGCAACCCUAAAGUAAAUUCUUUGCAGGAUUUCAGUCGUUUUCACUUUGCUAGCAAAAUAUAAAGAUUUUUACUAAAGUUAUUAAUACUAAUAGCAUCUAAACAAUUACCUUAAUUUUUAGAAAAAAAAAUGUGGCUAAAUUAAGUACAAAAUCAUAAAACUGUUUUAUUCGAAGCAAAAUGCUGUUGUCAUUCUGAAUUUGACACUUCCUAAUUGUUUUUAUCACCACAUUCGUAUAUUUUGUAUUAAAUAUUAAAAAGUGUCUCCUUUGCGCUUGCUAUCCCGUAAGACUUUUUUUGGUGUUUUGUGGUAGUAAAAUCGAAGUGUUUCAGUUUGGAAUAAAUCAAGAAAACUAAUUUUGAGACAAAAAAUCGUAGUGUCGCUUGACAAAAAUAUAUACUUAAAAUAGUCUUAUAUUAUCGAUUUCCCAAACGCAAAGAAAUUUUCUUGCGAUAAACAAUCUAAAAUCCAUUCUGUAAAAAAAGCUUGAUAUUCGCCAGUCAGAUGCUUGUUUUAUGCUCAUGCAAACGUGAGGGUGCUUUUAUUUUCCGGUUCAAUCGUGUGGAAUUAAUCGCCUAAAACGAUAUUAAUUUCUUUAUAAACAUACAAUUGUACGUUUUGGUUAGUCGCACCCCUUUGGCCCGCUCAAUAACAGUAUCAAACCGCAAAACGGCUAAAUAAAUAUAUUCGAGGUAUAAAGUAAGAACGCAAUCUUUAGUUUGAGGAAUCAGAUUCAUUUGAUUACGGUAGCACUUAGUAUGGCUGAACGCCCUAAAAGUUUAUUUGCCGGUCGGCCUCGUCCUCCUCCAAAUGAACUGAACUUGAACCCACUUGGAGUAAGACCUGCACCAUCGUCUCAAUCAUCCAAUUCGUCUGGUUCAGCUUCAUCUGCGAAUAGUAUUCCAACUGGAGGUCUUCCGAUGAGUAUACCAACGGAACGCACACGAGAACGUAUACGACAGCAAGCAUGUGGCAAAUUACAAUUAGGACCUUCUCCACAGGACAUUUAUCAGUUUACUUCAGAUGAUUUAGAGGAUUUAGGAGAAAUCGGUCGCGGGGCAUUUGGGGCCGUUAACAAGAUGGUGUUCAAAAAGAAUGACAUGGUCAUGGCUGUGAAACGUAUUCGUUCCACCGUAGACGAGAAAGAACAAAAACAGCUUCUCAUGGAUCUCGAAGUGGUCAUGAAAUCAAAUGACUGCAAUUUUAUUGUUCAAUUUUACGGCGCUCUUUUUAAAGAGGGUGAUUGCUGGAUCUGCAUGGAAUUGAUGGACACUUCAUUAGAUAAAUUUUACAAAUAUAUAUUUGAACACAAAAAGCAAAGGAUACCGGAGUCAAUUUUAGCAAAAAUUACGGUGGCUACCGUUCAUGCGCUUAAUUAUCUUAAGGAACAUUUGAAGAUCAUUCAUCGUGACGUAAAGCCAAGUAACAUUUUGCUUCAUAAACGUGGCGAUAUUAAGUUGUGUGAUUUUGGAAUAUCGGGGCAGUUAGUCGAUUCUAUUGCAAAAACAAAAGAUGCCGGUUGCAGGCCUUAUAUGGCUCCCGAAAGAAUCGAUCCUGAACGUGCGAAAGGUUACGAUGUUAGAAGCGAUGUUUGGUCAUUAGGCAUUACUCUUAUGGAAGUAGCCACCGGCACAUUUCCCUACAGAAGAUGGGAUUCAGUUUUUGAACAAUUAUGCCAAGUGGUUCAAGGAGAUCCUCCACGUCUUCAACAGGGACAAGAAUUUUCCACCGAAUUCGUAGAAUUUGUAAAUACAUGCUUAAUUAAGAAUGAAAGUGAACGUCCUAAAUAUGAUCGCCUUCUUCAAAUGCCAUUUAUAUUGCGUGGUGAACGGAGUAACACCGACGUAGCCGAAUAUGUUACUGAUAUUCUGGAGGCCAUGGAACAGGAUGGCAUUACACAAUUCACCACAAACCAGCCAGCCGAAAGUUAAUGGAAAUAAUUUUUGAAAACUUCGAGUGUUGUCAUUAACAAAAAACUCCUACAACUAAGAAAAAGAGCAAACAAAAAACUAUAGAGAAGAAAAUCAUUUAGUUAAAAGUAAGCGUAAAAACUAAGCAAAAAGAAACCAUCCCCUUUUAGGAAAAAAAAAAACAAAGUUAUUGUUGUUUACUUGCUAGAAAGUAAGAAAAAAUGUUGUUAGAAAUACAAUUUAACAAACAUUUAGAACUGUAGUUUAAAAUUAAAAUAAUAAAUAUGAAUUAAAAAUAUAUUAAGCGAUAGGCUUUCUUAUAAACAAAAAAAAACAUACAUGAAUAAAAAGUAGACUUUGAAAAGGUCACAAAUUAUAUUGAAAAUAAAGCUUAAAGUUUAGUAAUGUUUUGCCUUGUAUUUUUUAAAUCAAAAAAUGUAAAAACAUAUUAAAAUUACAUUUAAUUAUUAUAAUUUAGCUGCAUUUUCCGGAUAAAACAAGUCACAAUAAGGAAUAGAAGAAACACCAAUAAAAGAAAAAUAAAAUGUAAAAUAAUUCAAAUCAUAUCGUUAAGUAAUCAGUUCAAUACCAAGAAUAAAAAAUCACUGCUUUUAUACACAC